UAUAUCUUGUGUCCCUCUCAAAUAACAAGCGUUGGCAGGCAGUCUCUCACAUCCACUGUGCCACAAUAACAACCAGGCUGCCAGUGGAGAGCUUGAAGGUUGUACAGUAAGUCAUUUGCCAGCGCUAAAAGAAUCUUUUACGUGGUUCAAUGCGUUUUAAUUCUCGAGUCAUCGACAGGCAGCGUGUCGAAGAUGGAUCUUAGUUUGGAUGCCUGAGUUUACUCGCGACAAUGAAUGUUGUGAUUUUUAUUUUUCAUCUAGUCACCCUAACAGGCACGGCCUGGGGCUCCUUGGAAGAAACACUUCUAUUUAAAACCCUUUUCACUGGUUACAAUAAGGUUGUCCGUCCUGUCAGUCAUUUCAAGGACAAAGUAAACGUUACUGUCGGUCUUCAGCUCAUUCAGCUCAUCAGUGUGGAUGAGGUUAACCAGAUUGUCACCAGCAAUGUGCGACUGAAACAGAAAUGGAAAGAUGUGAACUUGCAGUGGAACCCAGAGGAUUAUGGUGGCAUCAAAAAGAUCAGAGUACCUUCCAGGGACAUUUGGCGUCCUGAUCUGGUUCUUUACAACAAUGCCGACGGUGACUUUGCCAUUGUUCAUGAGACCAAAGUGCUGCUGGAGUACACUGGGAUGAUCACAUGGAACCCACCCGCCAUCUUCAAAAGCUACUGUGAAAUUAUUGUGUUGCAUUUCCCCUUCGACCUCCAGAACUGCAGCAUGAAGCUGGGUACCUGGACCUACGAUGGGAACUUGGUCGUCAUCAAUCCCGACAGUGACCGCCCAGAUCUGAGCCACUUUAUGGAAAGCGGAGAAUGGGUGAUGAAGGAUUUCCGUGGCUGGAAGCACUGGGUGUACUACGCCUGCUGCCAAGACACCCCCUACCUGGACAUCACCUACCAUUUCCUCAUGCUGCGGCUUCCUCUGUACUUCAUUGUUAAUGUCAUCAUCCCGUGCAUGCUCUUUUCCUUCCUCACUGGCCUUGUCUUUUAUCUUCCCACGGAUUCUGGUGAGAAGAUGACCCUCAGCAUCUCCGUCCUGUUGUCUCUGACUGUGUUCCUGCUGGUCAUUGUGGAGCUGAUCCCGUCUACCUCUAGCGCUGUACCACUCAUUGGGAAGUACAUGCUCUUCACCAUGGUGUUUGUCAUUGCAUCCAUCAUCAUCACUGUCAUUGUUAUCAACACCCACCACCGCUCCCCGAGCACUCACACAAUGCCAAACUGGGUCCGCAAGGUUUUUAUCGAAACCAUUCCCAACAUCAUGUUCUUCUCAACAAUGAAACGCCCGGGAAAGGAAAAGCAGAUAAAAACCAUCUAUGGUGCUGAUUUUGAUAUCUCAGAUAUCUCUGGAAACCAGGCCUCUGCUGUUCCCUACUACUCACCCAUCACAAAGAAUCCUGAUGUGCGCAGUGCCAUUGAUGGGGUUAAAUACAUCGCAGAAACCAUGAAAUCAGAUGAGGAAUCCAGCAGUGCUGCUGAAGAGUGGAAGUUUGUGGCCAUGGUGUUGGAUCACAUUCUGCUUUGUGUCUUUAUGGCUGUGUGUCUAAUUGGCACAUUAGCGGUGUUCGCAGGCCGCCUCAUUGAGCUGAGUAUGCUUUAAAGACCCAUCCUUUAUAUUCUACCAGCUACACUUCUCAGGUGAUCACAUUCACCUUUGGUUUUUGAAGCUCCUGUACAGACCUGACAGCAUUUACAGCUUGUUCUGCCUUUCUCUUGUUGUUUGUUUUUGGAGUGUGAACAAUUGUAUCCUGUAAGAACAUGUAAUUUGCAGUAUUUUCAUAUUUAUAUUCAACCUAUUUUGACAGAGUUACUUUUUCCCUUGUGUGUAUGGACAGGAACAUGUGUGCAACUGGACAUAAAUCUAAUGUUGUGUAAUAUUGUGCAGCUUUACUUGACACCUUUACUGUACAGCUGAAUAAAAUUGUUUUGUCCUGUUACAAGGUGAGAUAUGACUGAAGGGUAGACUUUAUAGCGCAAUAAGCAGAAAAACAGAUUAAAAUUGAUAGCCUCCUUCCUGCA